UAUUCACAGCUCUUAUUCUUCUGCAUUGCUCAUAAAUACAAAUUCAUUGUCACAGAGAGAGCCAGAGAGAAUGGAACAGACGCUUCACCAAGCAGCAAUAGACGGCAAUGUCACAUUAUUACAUCAAAUACUUAAAAAAGAUCCACUAGUUCUUUAUAGACUGAACUCUGGUUGGUUCGGUUGGAGUCCUCUGCAUGUGGCUGCAUUACGCGGGCAUGCAAACUUCGUGACAGAAGUUCUGAGUCUAAAUCCAGAUCUUGCUGAAGUUCUGGACUCUUCACAACGCUUGCCCCUUCACCUUGCUUCGGCAAAAGGGCAUGUUAACGUUGUACAAGCGUUGACAUCGGUAGAUCCUGACAUGUGCUUAGCUCGUGACAAAGAUGGUAAAAACCCACUUCAUCUUGCAGUCAUGAAGGGCAAGGUCGAUGUGUUGAAAGCGUUAGUUCAAGCCAAUUCCCAAGCAGCUGAGGUCGUGAUGAACCGAGGUGAGACCAUCUUACAUUUAUGUGUGAUGCGCGGCCAAUUAGAUUGUCUGAAAGAACUUUUGAAUACCAUUAAAAAUAAAGAGUUUGUGAAUGCUAAAGAUGAAAGAGGCAACACCAUAUUGCAUCUAGCUGUGGCAAAUAAACAAAUCAAGGCCUUAGACUACUUGCUUACCAAUGCGACACUGGAUGUAAACAUAAAAAAUGCUAGCGAGUACACAGCAUUGGACAUUCUAGCACAAAUUAGAAAGGAUUUGAAAAACCCAAAUGAUAUUGAAAAUAAACUCCGAAAAGCUGGAGCCAUGAGCGGCAACGAUGUCGGACAAUCUGAGUGGCUAGCUAAGAAAAAGGAAACAAUAAUGUUGGUGGCAACGCUCAUUGCAACAAUAGCUUUCCAAGCUGGGUUGAGCCCUCCAGGUGGUGUUUGGCAAGACACUUCAGAUAGACACAGAGUUGGAGAAGCUGUAAUGGCUUAUAAUUAUCCAGAUUCAUACCCAUAUUUCAUUCGUGCUUGCACGAUAGGAUUUGUUGCGUCCCUAAGCACAAUCUUGUUGCUCAUAAGUGGAUUGCCAUUCAAGAGAAAAAUUUUCAUGUGGAUUCUAGUUGCAGUCAUGUGGUUGACAGUUACAUCAAUGGCAGUAACAUAUGCAAUUUCUAUUGUUGUGGUCACACCAAAAAAUGAUAGAAAACCGCUCAGUCAUACUAUUACAGUUGCAAUCAUCGUGUGGUGUAGUCUAAUGGCAAUUCUAUUCUUACUGCACACGGGUCGCUUAGUGAAAAAGGCAAUUGGCGAGGAAUGGAGUAAACAUCUGGUCAUCAAGAGAAUUCAGAAAAUCAAGUCAAUUGAACUACACCACCGUGUUUGAAAAAAUAUUUAAAUUAGUUUAAAGAAAAAUGAUUUUGAGCACUAAAGGAGCAUUAAAUUGUCUUUUUCCUCUUUGUGUUUUGUCUUUUUUCUCUUCUCUUUUUAUUUUAAUUUUUUUUUUUUUUGCAUGCCACCUCACUAGAGCUGCUUUUAGUAGUCUUCUUUUAGUGGUCUGUAUCAUAGUUGUAGUUUAAAUGAGUCGUGCUAACUUUUAAUCCUUGUAUUGUUUUUAUCUUUUUAUUUGAUUUUCAUGUUUAAUAUGUGCAAUUCUAUUAUUUUCUAUUUGAAUAUUAAAUUUAUCUUGAGAUGUAAAAAUGAAUAGAAAUAUCAUUAUUGAUCAA